AGUGCUUUUUUCUGCAACACUGUUUUUCUCUUUGUCUAAAGAAAAAACGUAAAGCUAACGCCUUCUCUAUGCUUUUUAUUAUCAUUCAAUCUACCUACAAGUGUUAAGCUACUACCUCUUGCAAUACUUGAAUAUCUAGAGAGCCUUUAGCUACCCUUUUUUUUCAUAUUUGAUUUGAUCCUUUGCUUCCUUGAUCAGCUUCAAUAUAUGCCUAUUAAAGUUUGGAGCUCCAUUUUAGUUACAUGAUGAAGAGAAGCCAUGAAAGAGAGAGGCAAAGCUGUGGAAGUGUACAACAACAACAACAACAUUGAUUUUUUCCAAAACUAUAGCACUUCAUCGGAUGUUGUUCCAUGUAGGAAACAUCCACAAUCGUCUUCUGCUGGUGUAUGUGCGUAUUGUCUUAAGGAUCGUUUGAUCAACUUGGUUUGCUCCGACUGUGGUGAGCAACGCCUUUCGUCUUGCUCUUGCUCUGAAAUCGCCACCAACCCUCGAAAUUCAUGCGCCGGUGGUGAAGUGGGCAGCGUUGGUCGGGUCUCCUUCUUGAUAGAGAAUGAAAACAGCAGAGAUCAUCAAGUUUCAAACCCCAAGGCUAAAAGCACUAGUAGUGGAAAUAAUACUAAAUCAGAGGAUGUUAUCUUGCUCAAGAGAAGCAAUAGCAGCUGUGUGGAGAUCAAGAAAAAGAACGGGUUUUGGAGAAUUGGGAGGUUUUUCAAGAAGAAGAGGGACAAAGAGACUAACUGUGGGAAGAGUGUUUGUGGGGGUGAUGAGAAAAGUGAUUUGUGGGUGGUUGAUUACAUGGGGGUUUCAAGGUCAAGGUCUCUUUGCAGUUUCAGAGGGGGUGGGUUUUUUGGAUCAGAAGAUGGAAGUGACGUGAUGAACUUUUCAGGUGCUAGGAGCUCGAUUUCGGCUGCACGGAGUUCCGGCGUCAAUGGCGGUUUGCUCUUUGAUCCUGAGAGGAAAAGUGGGUUUAGUGAAGCAGAACCAAGGAGAAGUGGUUUUGAUAGUGAAAGAAGAGACAGUACUUUUAUGGAGUCCGAUAUUGCAGCCAUUAGGAAAAGUGGCGUGGGCGGCGGCAGUUUCAUGGAUGUUGAUGGGGGUUUUAGUGGUGCAAACAGGCGGGUCUUUUCUUUGAAAGAGAGUUAUUUUAAUGGUGGGGAUGAUUCGGGUUUCAUUGACUUAAAAUUUGAUUUUCAAGCAGAGUCUAAAGGGGAUAUUCCUAGUAUGAAGAAGGGUGGGGGCGUUUUGUCUGGUUUUGGCAGCAUGAGAGAAGGUGGUGAAUUUAUGCCAUAUAAAUCCUCCGGUGGUUCCGUUGAAAAUACACUGCCAAUGGCUGGAAAUGGAGCCUUAAGCAAUGGGAGUUCAUAUCAGAUGACAAUGGAUGAAAGAGGAAUAAAAAAGAAUAGAAGAAUAUUCAAGGGAUGGCGGUGGAUUUUCAAAGCACCAUCCAAAUUAGACCACUCCAGGGAAGACAAAUGAACACCAUCUUGCAUUUGAGUGUUUGAAACUUGAAUAGGUCAUCAUCAAUCUUUCAAAUUUCGGUCUAUGUUUUCCUUUUGUUCAUUUUCAUAUGUAUUUUUCUUCACAUACUUUUACCAUUUCCCAACCUGUUUGUUUACCUUGCAAGUUUAUCAUAUCUGAAACAUGAUUUUAGAAAAACUGUAGGAGAGAUCAACAUACAGAAAAUGUUGCAGAAAUGGAUGAUUAAAGGAACCAAAAAUAUUUUGUAUUUAUGAUGAGAUUUAUGGAACUAUGACUUACAAAUUUGCUAUCAA